AUGGGCUGCUCCAGCAGCGCCCUCAACAAGGCCGGCGACGGCAUCAGGCCCCGCAGCGAAGAAAGUGAGUCCUGCUUUGUCCAACCAAAACCACGUACACCGGGAAGAGAAUCUACUUUGUAUGGCAAGGUACAAAACGAAAGCCUUCCUCGACUAGAAAAGCUCAAGAUUUCAUCUGUGUCUACAGCUAAUGGUGUUAAAUCCCUCCAUGAACAGCCCCUGGCAAAGGAGGCUGCAGACCCACCAGGAUCCACAGAGGAAACUCAGCCUCUUAAGGGACUGAAGGAGUCUGGGUCACCUCAGCCAGGUGGCAAAGAUGAUACUCCAGGAGCAGGAGAAAAGAAGAAAGACGUGGAAGCAGUGACAGAGGCUCAGCCUUUUAAAGGAAACGCUGAGACCGAAGCUUUAGGAGCAGAAGCUAAGAGUCAACCUUUGAGGACAGCGGGAGAGAGGGACUCUCCUGGAGCAGUGGAAGGUACUGAGAAUCCACAAGCUGCCGGAGAGAUGACACUCCUAGGAACAGCUGAGAAAAUUCCACCUCUGGAAGCAGCUAGAGAGCUACAAUCUCAAGAAGCUAUGGGGACAGAUGAACAGUCCCAACUCCCAGUAACAGUUCCCAAGGAGACGGAAUCUCCAGAAAUAUUGGAAGGAAGUCAGCUUGUGGAAACAGCUGAAAAGCAGCAACUUCAAGAAACACUGGGAGAAGAUGACCAGUCCCAACUUCUAGAGAUGAUUCCCAGAGAGAAUGGAACACCAGAAGUAUCAGACAGAAGCCAGCUUAUGGAAACAGCUGUCAAGGAUGAUUCGCUCCAUAAAACUCCUGAAGGUCCAGGAAACAUGGAGCAGAUCCAACCUGAAAGAAUAGUUGGAAACAUGGAACAUCCAGCAGAAAUUCUAGAGACAGGGGCAAAUGUGGAAACGGUCAGGAAUAUUCAUGCUAACGAAGAGGACCAACACGUUGAAGGUGAAACAGGAGAAAAGGUUGAAACAGACGUGGAGAAAGAGAAAGUAAGUGAAGGGGCUGAAACAAAAGAAGAAGAAACGGGAGAAGCUGUGGGUCUUUCAGCAGCCCCGUAUAUAGGUAUGGUGAUGGAAGGGUGAACGGACACAGCGUAUUAUAACAGAGAAGACAGAAAGCGGCAGUGAAGUUUGU